UAUCCAGACGAAAGUGUCUUGUAGACUUUUACCACAAGUCACAAAACAAAGAUGGCAAACGAAACUGAUUGUUGGAGAAGAAAAAAUUCUGUUCAAACCUAGACUGAAUUCUGAUACACUUUUCAUUGAAAAAUGAUCCAACAAGUUCAAUACAUGGAUUCCAUAACGUACCCACCAAUUCCAGAAUCUAAUGAACAAUCUACGGACUGGGCAUAUACAAUGAGAAGAGACAUGCAGGAAAUAAUCCCAGGUUUAUUUUUAGGACCAUAUAGUGCUGCAUUAAAAACAAAGUUAGAUAAUCUGGUCAACAAAGGCAUCACACAUAUAGUGUGUAUCAGACAAAAUAUUGAAGCCCAUUUUGUCCGUCCAAAUUUUCCAGAUCAUUUCAGUUAUUUAGUAUUGGAUAUUGCUGACCACGUAACAGAAAAUAUUAUUCAUCAUUUUCCAAGAGUUAGAGAAUUUAUAGAUGAUUGUUUUAAUCAGUGUGGUAAAAUACUUGUUCAUGGAAAUGCAGGCAUUUCUAGGAGUGCCUCAUUAGUGAUUGCUUAUGUCAUGGAGAAAUUUGGAAUUAGCUACAGAAAAGCUUUUUUGUUUGUACAGCAGAAAAGAUUUUGUAUUAACCCUAAUGAAGGAUUUGCUCAGCAAUUAAUUGAAUAUGAACCAAUUUAUAGAGCUCGACUCAGUUUGCAAAAUGGACAGAUAUCAUCCCAAAUGGGUUUAUUGAAAAGAAAAACUAGAGAUGAUGAAGAAGAAGAGAGAAGUUGUGAUCAAUCUUUAUUAUCAUAUCCUAGGAUGUUCCCGACCUGAAAAUAUGAUAUAUUAUUAUUAUUAUAAAAAUAAUUUAUUUUUAUACAAUGUUGACGGUGCAUGAGACUUGGAUUGUAGUACACAUUUUUCUGAUAUGAGACGUGGCGUGUUUUAAAAAUAUUUACUGGUACUGGUAAAGCACAAAUAUUACAAAUAGGCGUCAAAGAGUUAUGGAAGGGCUUUGAGGUGAAUUAUUGAAUGUGUUAAGAUAAUUCAGAUGUUAAUAAUAUUAUUUGACACAUGAUCAACUAAUUAUAAUUGACCAGUUAAAUGACAGUUUAUUAGUUGAUUUUUGUUUUCAUUGAAUAUCCAAGUAACCAAAGGUACUAUACUUUGUUGUCUCAUUUACAUAAUGUAUAAACAUUAUUUCUGUUAAAACGCUAUUUUCUUUUUAGCAUUGUUAUCAACUUUAAAUUGAAUGUAAAUAUCGAUUGCUUGAUUUGUAUUUUCUACUUUGAUCUUCUACCAAUGAAAUACACCUUUACUCACAUAA